AUGACUAGUAAUAUGGAUACUACAAACUGGUUCGACAAUUGGAACCCAGAGGUUCUUUAUAAAGACGAUGUCACUGGUUGUGAUGACUGUUCCGAAACAUCGCCGAUUCCAAAGUCUGGUGUGAUUUGCGGUCCCAUAUUGAGGCUCAUUAAUAUGGAUUUUGAAGAAAAAACUUAUGAGGGGUCUAUCCUGAUGAUAGUCAGAGGUAGUAACAGUGCCCCAAAAAUGACCUAUCAAUUGGGCCCCUCAUUGCCCUCUGGUGAUGAAGACAUUGAAAUCAGUGAAGCAUCGUUCGAAUAUAAACUUAUCCGUAAGGACGAUCUACAAGGUGACGAUAUAUGGUUUUACAGGUACGAAAUUAGAUUACCGAUGUCAAAACAUGAGCAAAUGGUGAAGUAUUCUGUCAACGGCGCGAUGGAACCACAUUAUAGGUUCUUCAUACCCUCUUUCACUCAAAACUCAAACGUUAUUUCAUAUUCAUGUAACGGGUUCUCAUUGAGCGUAGAUACAUCCAAAUUCAAGGGUUCUUUAUGGUAUGACGUUCUCAAAAAGCAUCAAUACAUCCAUUACCAUGCCAUUCUCGGUGGUGGUGACCAAAUUUACUCUGAUAAUAUCAAACUGCACGCGCCUAAUUUCAAAGACUGGUUGGAUACCAAGGAUCCUAUCAAGAAGUAUAACACUCGAACCACUGAAGAGACCAAAGAGCAAAUCAGAGAGUUCUACUUAGAACACUAUUUAAACUGGUAUGGUUAUGGUCACUGGUACGGUUCCACACCAAAGUCUAAGACAACUCAAAAAUGCUUUGUCAAAUCCUUAGCUUGUAUUCCAGCCAUCAAUAUCUGGGACGACCAUGAUAUUAUUGAUGGGUAUGGUUCCUACAACGAUUCCUUUAUGAAGACUGAGAAUUUCGUGACAGUGGGAAGAAUGGCUUAUAGAUACUACAUGAUCUUCCAGCAUCACGUUAGUGCUUCCAAGCAGGAUGGCGAUGAUUUUGCAUAUCUAAAAAGCAAACAAUGGAUAUUGGGUAACGAAAAAGGAAGUGCCUACAUUGGUGAAAGGUCUCAUUCAAUAUUCUCUUGGUUGGGCCCGAAAAUGGCGAUGCUGGGUUUGGAUUGUAGAACCGAAAGAAAGCUACACGAGAUUUUAUCAGGGAGGAGUUAUUCUUUAAUCUGGGAGCGUGUUGAGAACGAAGUAAAAAACUUGACCGGUGGGCAUUUAUUGGUGAUGUUGGGUAUUCCCAUUGCAUACCCAAGGUUGGUGUGGUUAGAAUGGCUUUUCACCUCAAAGCUAUUGGCUCCAAUAAAAUAUCUAUCUAAAAAGGGGAUAUUUGCUAGUGGCUUUGUUAACGAAUUUAAUGGGGAUGUAGAACUUUUGGAUGACCUAAAUGACCAUUGGUGCGCAAGACACCAUAAAAAAGAAAGAAAUUACUUAGUAAUGAAACUGCAAGACAUCGGAGCUAAAUAUGGUGUCAGAAUUACGAUCUUAUCAGGCGACGUACAUUUAGCAUCCGUUGGAAGGUUCAGGGCAAAAACUCAUAGACACCAUCUUAUCAUGUCUGAGGAGAAGGAAAAGGAAAACGCCAGUAUUAUCGAACAACCAACUAAAGAUGUGAGGUUGAUGUUCAAUAUCAUUGCGAGCGCCAUUGUAAACACCCCACCACCCGAUGCAAUGGCCACUUUAUUGCAAAAAAGAUGCCGCUUGCAUCAUUUCGAUGCAGAGACAGAUGAAGAUGCAUUACCAAUUUUUACCAAGGAAGUGGAUGGAACACAUAAACGUAAAGAUUCAUGUUUCAUGAACAAAAGAAAUUGGUCAGAUAUUAUACCAGUGGAAAACGUACUGAACAACGCUCAGUUGAGUAAAGACUUGGGAAUAAAAGUCGGUGAUAUUGUCAUUCCGGGUGUCAUUACAAAACAACAAAAGCUAGAGACCUUGGAAAAUGAUGACCAGUGCAACUCUUAUCCAAUAACAUCUGGAGGCCUAUUUACCAGUAUUCACGUGGAAAGAGAUGCGAAGCAGCCAGAUUCGCAAACUGUCAGAUAUAGCUUGCCUAUUCCGGAGUUAGAAAUUACUCGGGAAAAGUUAUCUCAUGCAGGGAUUAAACAUCUGAAUAUUUUAUAA